GGAGAGGCGUCGCAGUGCAAUCACGACCGCGUUACCUUUAUCGUCGUCCGGAAUUUUCGGACGCGCGAACCGCGUCGAGCCGGUUUCGCCGGAUCAAAAUCGUCGGUGUUGCGAAAAGAAAAGAAAAACUGUGAGAAAAACGAUCUUGGAUACUCGAGCCUUGGAUUUCCGUGGACCUUGCAGUGUGCGCCGGUGUGUUCUGUGUUUCUUGUUGUGUGAGACGGAUCGUGUCUGUUUUUUGGCGAGGGAGAACACAACAGAGCGUUCCCCGAUCCGGUGGACAGCGUCGGGACGUCGGCCGGUUCUCAUGCGGCGCGAUAAGGAUUCGUGAAUGGAAAGUCGCGCUCGUGGACAUGAAUGAAACACGGCCGAUCAAGCAACCGUCGGGUGGCGCCGAUCGUUCGAGCAGCGGAUGCUUACUUUGGUCGCGAGCCGUUCAUCCGGCCGAGUCGUAGACACGACGCACCGGCUCGGAACCGCGAUCGAAUCGUUUCCGCGGCCGGAUCGAUAGCCGCCGCACACCGUCGGGAACGUUCGCCGCGGCCGCGGGCUGCUCUCCUCCGUCGGACGGUCGUCGGGGAAGCACCUCGAAGGAAGGACCAGCCGGCCCUCGGUCCUCGGGGAAGGGCCGCGGAUACGAUCCCGGCCCGCGAAAGAUGCGUCUGGACUGAGUGUCAUGAGGAAUCCGCAGAGAAUGUCUGACAGUUUGGAUCAACUGUCAUCGCCGAACAGCGACUGCAACAGCCAGAUGGGCGCCGUCCAUCGGAACCCGUCCGCCGAACAGUACAACAAUAGCUCGUCGAUGCAGGGUCUCUCUUUGGCGCAUCACUCCCAUCCGCAGAACCUGACGUCCGCGGCCAACGGCAGCCCGCAGUAUCCGCAGGUGUUGUCCAGUUGCAACAACGGCAACGGGAACGUCGGGAACAUCGGAGCACUGUCCCUGGGAACCUCCACCAGCAACUUCACGCCCGAGCAGAUCUCUUGCAUGUGCGAAGCACUGUCCCAGAGCAAGGACAUCGAUAAGCUCACGAGGUUUCUCUGGUCGCUGCCAGAGGACGAGGUGUUACGGGGUGGCGAGAGCGUGCUGGUGGCGAGGGCGGCGGUGGCCUUCCACCGAGGCGCCUGCCGCGAGCUCUACUCGAUCCUCGAGAGCAAUCGUUUCUCGCCUCGCCGGCAUGAAGAGCUCCAGAAGAUGUGGUUCAACUCGCACUAUCGCGAGGCAGAGAAGAUCCGCGGACGGCCGCUGGGCGCCGUGGACAAGUACCGGCUGAGGAAGAAGUAUCCGCUGCCGAAGACGAUCUGGGACGGCGAGGAGGUCGUCUACUGCUUCAAGGAACGCUCGAGGCAGGCGCUGAAGCAAUUCUACUUGAGCAACAGGUACCCGAACAAGAACGAGAAGAAGAAUCUCGCGGACAAGAUCGGCCUGACGAUGACCCAGGUGUCGAAUUGGUUCAAGAACCGGCGGCAGAGGGACCGGACCCCGCAGACGAGAACGGAAAUGCUGCCGCUAAACUGUCAGAGCAGCGCGAACAACGCGAUCGGCAGCACGACGAGCAACGGCGGAAGCAUACAAUCGUUGCAGAGCAUCAAUUCGGACAGCCCGAACCUGGCGAUGUCGCCGUUGUCGACGAUGGGCAUGUCGCCGGUUGGCAUGAACCCGUGCAGCCCGAUGGGCAUGAGCCCGAUGGGGCCGCAUCAUCACGGAUACGCGACGCCUGUUACCCCGUCCUCGGUGCACACCACCCACCCCCACAACGGCGGCCUCAGCCCCAUGAACGACGUCAAGGCGCUCUGCUACGGACGCGGCGUCUACGACACCGGCAAAGAUGUCGAACAGACUUCGGUUUACUACUCGAGUCACUCGAGCAUGCACCACCAGUACUACCAGCAGUCGCAUCAUCAGAUGAUGUCGACCUCCCACCACCAUCAUCACCACCACCAUCACCAGCAGGGCAUGCCGACCGGCUACGAACUGAUGCUGCCGCCGCCCCAACACUCGAUGUGACCGACGGACGAUGAGUCCGACCGAAACCACCCCGAAGACGCGAACCGUCAGACCGACAACAACGCUUUCGGCCGGGUGCAUGCGUACGCCUGACUCGACGUCUUCGCCACGGAGCCAUCGUCGCUCUUCGAUCAUCGGCAGACGGCCAUAUUCUUCCCGGCGGCUUGACGAGCUACAACAGCAGUCCCGAGAGAAGAUCGCGCGAGUGACUUGGAACAUUGACGAGUUACGUGCAUAAGCAGACUAAGUUGUUUCUGUCGGUGAUCGACGAAGUGAUUCCGAAAGGACACGGCUCGCGCCAUUGGAAGUGUUAACGGAAGAGAAGCUGCCUGUUUCGAAGCGAUUGCUACCAUACCACGUGCGAACGACCACGGCUAUAACGAUCGGUCGAGCCAUUGCUGAGCAGUUUCGGUCGCCAAUAAAGAGGCGAGCGCGUCCGUAAACGAUUUGGGAGGAGUCUGCCGUGAAGCAGAACUGGUUUCGAUCAGCAACCAUGCGCGAUAGCUCGGCCCAUUCGGGAAGAGAGGCGUCGACAAUGGAGGACGUUGGAGCGUCUUCCACCCCGUUUGAAGAUGCCCGAGGAGAUUCCGACCGUGCCGAAGCGUCGAUCGAGCCCCCGAACGAUUCCCCGAACGAUUCCCGUUUCGACCAAAAAGAACGAGUUCCCGUUGCGAAAGAAGCUCCAUCGCUCGCCGCUACGAUUCUGGCACGCGCUCGCCUAAACUGUACAUACAAAAUAGAAUAACCACGUUCGAAUCCAACUGUGAAAUAUAUUUUUGACUGUGGGUCUGCGUGCGUUCCCGAGCGACGCGAUCUCCCGUUGCGUAUCCUAAAUAGAAAUGAAAGAUCUCUCGCGCUAACGACACUGCUUUCACGGAAAUUAAUUGUAAAGUUGUGACGACGAGCAUUAGAUAUGUAUAGAAAUAAAACAUGGAUGCGUGAAUUAUA